CCGGAGGCCCAGGACCCUCAGAAAAUAAUUCCUUUGCUUUGCUUUUGUCAAUCUCCGGUCGUUGUUCCCGGAGAGAGAGCCUUCACUCCAGUUCACUCCUUUGGCUGUUACCUUCGGGGUUUCUCUCCCUCUUCAAUUGCCGAGAUCUGAACGAAAUUCUACUUUUUAUUUCACAUAUCUACAGAAAAUGUCUCUGAAAUCACCGGCAGGUUACGGCAGCAGCACCACCACAACCACACAACCACAACCUUCCUCCCCGACGUCCCUAACCUUCAUCUCGCGCGCCACUCGCGCAACCCAAACCCUUAUAGCCCCACGGCGUCCCUGGGCUGAACUCUUCACCCCCUUUUCCUCGUUCUCCCUCCCUUUCUCCUAUCCGGACGCUCUGUCCCGUAUCAGACGGAACUUCUACCACUUCCGGGUCAACUACGCUUUGACCGUCCUCUUCAUCCUCUUCCUCAGUCUCCUAUGGCACCCUGUUUCCAUGAUCGUCUUCCUCAUCGUCUUUGUCGCCUGGUUCUUCCUCUACUUCGAUAGGGACACCCCAAUCGUCCUCUUCGGUCAAUCCUUGGACGACAGAGUCGUGCUUGGCGCUCUGGGAUUUGUUACUGUGAUAGCAUUGGUGUUGACCAAUGUGGGUUUGAAUGUUUUGGUGGCUCUAAUAGUUGGGGUCGUGGUUAUCGGGUUGCACGCGGCGUUUCGGGGCACGGAUGACUUGUUUCUUGACGAGGAGAGCGCCGUGGAAGGUGGGUUGGUCUCGGUCGUGGGGACUCAGCCAGUAAGGCCAACGUAUACCCGGAUUUGAGUUCUUCUUCUUGGUUAUCAUUCAUGAAACUUCUUAUGAUUACAACUGGUGAUUUGCUUUCUAAGGUUUGAUUGGUUGGUAUUGCGGUGAUUGGCCGAUUUCACAGCUUUGAUGCGUAUUCGAGGUUUGAUUUAUAGUGGGCAUUGCAGUAAUUGGCUUUCUUGGGUGAGGAGAUGAGGUUCUGUGCAUUGCGGUCUUGAUUUGUACACUUAUUUUGGGGAACAGAUAGUGAUAUUAUCGAGAUUGAUUUUGCGCUUAAGGACCCUUUCUACAAUUUGGUUGGUAAUAGUUGUGGGGUAUUUGGUUUGUUAUAUGGUCACUUGGAUUUUGGUCGUUUCGGUUAGUUUAUUGACUCAGAUUCAUGCUGCCAAGUGACAAUGGAAUCAUCAAGGUUAAAUGGGUUGUCUUAAUUUGCAGCAUCAAUAGGGAAGGUGAUUUCUUUGGUUUCGUGGGGUUAGUGUUUGUAGUUUGAUUUCUGUUUUGUCUGUUUCUGAUGUAUCUUAAACGUGGAAAAUUAUCUUUGUUUCUUCACUUCUGCUAAAUUGAAUUAUCCUAA